GGCUUCUCAUUUGGAGGGCCGUGCUUUUAUUCGUCUUCUACUAGGCGGUUUUUUUUCUUCAGGUGUGUGUGUGUUGUGUUUAUUAGGGGAGGAGGACUCUUGAGGCGAUAUUUAACGUUGCUUGCUGUAUUUCCUGGUAUUUACAGAGCACAGAAAGCAUAUCCACAGUACUAAAACAUAAUGGACACAGAAAAUGACCUGCAAGAAGAGGAGACUUUCAACAGCACAGAGAGCAAUGGCAAGCGCCCUGCACAGGACCUUGAUGACAAGCCAUCAUACAAGCGUUCACGAAAAUCUGAUGAUAUGGUGGAACUGCGUGUGUUGUUGCAAAGCAAAAAUGCUGGAGCUGUGAUUGGAAAGGGGGGAAAGAACAUUAAAGCUUUGCGCACCGAUUACAAUGCCACUGUGUCAGUCCCAGACAGCAGUGGGCCCGAGCGGAUCCUGAGCAUCAAUGCAGACAUCCCUACUGUGGCUGAUAUCCUGUUAAAGAUCAUCCCUACACUAGAGGAGUAUCAGCAUCACAAAGGGGUGGACUUCGAUUGCGAGUUGCGGCUGCUGAUCCAUCAGAGUUUAGCAGGCAGCAUCAUCGGCGUGAAGGGGGCCAAAAUCAAAGAGCUGCGUGAGAGCACCCAGACUACCAUCAAGCUGUUUCAGGAGUGCUGCCCUCAGUCCACUGACCGUGUAGUGCUGGUUGGUGGUAAAGCAGACAGGGUCGUGCAGUGUAUUAAAACCAUGCUGGAGCUCAUCGCUGAGGCACCUAUUAAAGGCCGCGCACAGCCAUAUGAUCCAAACUUUUACGAUGAAACGUACGACUACGGUGGCUACACUGUAAUGUAUGAAGAACGUGGACGCCGGCCAAUGGGAGGAUUUCCCUCGCGGGACCGUGGGUUUGAUCGCAUGCCACCUCGCUCCGGUCCCCGGCCUCACCACAUGCCCCCAAGAGGGAGAGACUACGAUGACAUGAGUCCACGCCGGGGUCCUCCUCCACCUCAGAGAGGAGGUAGAGGUGGAGGGAGACCACCACGCAACAUGCCAAUGGGACCUCCCCACCACCGCAGAGGUGAUGACCAGUACAGUUCCUACAGCUCCCACCGCAGUCACUCAGAUGACAGACGGCAUGGGGACAGGAGAGGAAGACCCGGGGAUCGCUACGGUGGCAGUAUGAAUGAUGGCGGCUACGACAACAACGCAUCCUGGGAUAACUAUCAUUCUGGUGGAAGGGGAAGCUACAGUGACAUGGGAGGUCCUGUUAUCACCACACAAGUGACUAUUCCAAAAGAUUUGGCUGGAUCCAUCAUCGGAAAAGGAGGCCAAAGGAUUAAGCAGAUCCGACGUGAAUCUGGAGCGUCGAUCAAAAUCGAUGACCCACUCCAGGGCUCUGAAGAUCGCAUCAUCACUAUCGCCGGCACACAGGACCAGAUUCAGAACGCACAGUACCUGCUACAAAACAGUGCGCUUCACAUCCUGGGACGCCAUGACUAACCUGUCUCGUCCUCCACCUCUCUCAGGACCUACAGCGCCACUCAGCCCUGCAUCCCUCCACCACCAUUACUCUGCAGCAGCUUAGAUUUUGUGUGAGGGAAGAUCUUUUGUUGAGCUUUCCGCUUUAUCAAAUGGAUCGAUUGGAAUGUCCACCUGUUAUCUAGGAUUAAAUCCAAAUUUUGCUUGGCUUUUUUUUUUUUUUUUUUUGGGUUUUAAGUUGGGUUUUAUUUCCAUUCGUUUAAAGCGCCAUGCUUGCAAGGCUUCACAGAAAAGCCUGCCAUUAUGCUGGUGAGUUUUGUUGCUUUUCUUCAACCAGCCAUCCCACAAAUCUCGAAUGUGUACUCUUUUUUUUUUUUUCCUUUUUAAUUGUAAGAUUUUUAAUGUUUUACUUUCAUUUCUUGCAAGGGUGAAAGGAAACUAAUCUUGUGGCUGUAUGGAGAACAUGGUGUGUAAAUAUCCAUUCAUUUAUAUGGAAAAAGAAGAAUUGAUAUAUAAGUCUGAAAUCCUGUACCUGUUCUGUCAGUGUGUUUCUCCCCUCUAAUGAUCCAGGCUUUCCAGCAGCUUGUCCACAGGCCGCUGUGACGUCUGAAACAACUGAGCUUAAUGUUGUGGCUUGCGUAUCAGUUUUCUCUCCCCAGUUUCUGCUGGGUUUUAAAACCUAGUAUUUAUCCAAUUUGCUCUACCUCUGGAAUUUUUUCAUAGGUCUGCCACUCUGAAAUGGGGCCCACUUUUUCUUUUUCAAUUUGAAUAUUUUGGUGUGAAGUUGUUCUGCUUUAGAUUGUAUUUGUGUCAGGACUGAACAGUUAAUUGUUAAUUUUCUUUUCUUUUCUUACUCAAAUUUUCUGAUGUUCCUCCCCUGAUACAUUUGUAGACUGUCAUUUGUCAAAAAUAAAAGAUGCCAGUUUUUUUAAUGAAA